AUGACGAAUCAAAUCAAGUCACCUGUUGUUAAUGCGACAGGCAAGACGCGGUUGCGCGAAUCGUUGGAGAGGGCCAAGAGAGGUGAAGGCCCGAGCGUCGGUCAAUGGCUUGAGUUCCCCGGCUACUCGCUAGCAAGGACGGUGGCGCCUCUGGGGGGAGAUUGGAUCCUGAUCGAUACGGAGCACGGGAGCAUUGACGAUAGAGAGAUGUAUCUCCAGGUCGGUGCCAUCUCGACAUCAGGGGUUUCACCAAUCGUGAGAAUACCUGCAUCGGAACACUGGAUGAUGAAGAGGGCACUGGAUUGUGGUGCCCAUGCCAUAAUGGUACCGAUGUGCGAGACAAGGGAACAAGCCGAGGCGGUCGUUCGGGCAUGCAAGUACCGCUCCGCCCGAUGGCCCCAGGGUCUCCGUGGAGCCGGAGCCAUGUUCGCACAGUCUGCGUUCAACCAGACUGCCCGCGAGUAUUUGCUCAGCGCAAACGACAACAUUAUGGUGUGUGUGCAAAUCGAGAGUCAAAAGGCCGUGGAUAAUGUGGAGGAAAUUGCUGCUGUUGAUGGCGUUGACAUGUUGUUCAUCGGCCCUAACGAUCUCGCGGCCUCAAUGGGCCAGGUGGCGUUCGACCAUGCUUCCAUUCCCGAGGUUCAGGAGGCCAUUGCCCAUGUUCUGAAGGUUGGACUUGAUGCGGGCAAGUACGUCGGGCAUUUCGCACUCAAUGCUCAUGUUGCGGCAGCAAAGUACAAGCAAGGGUUUCACUUUGUCAACUGCGGAGCCGACAUCGUUGCCAUUACCGCGUGGAUGGUUGUCGAGAUGGAAAAGCUGAAGAGCCUGACUUCGACAAAGACAAACGAGGUAAAUGAUAACGAGAAUGAUUCAGAUACAACGGAUGACCCCAAGACCGCCGCCGCGUACAAUUAG